UAGUUAAUGUAAUGUUAGAAAAGCAAACCAUCCUCUAUCAUUGCUGUGCGGUUCCAAGUCUUUCCUCAUUCCCUAUCUGCUUCGUCUUUGUACUUCCUAUUUUCUUUUCUUUCAGCAUCUGCACAGAGCUACCACCAUGGUCGGAGCUCUUUUCCAACCCUGUGGAAACUCCACCGUUCAAUUAUCAAGCAGAUCAGAUCUCCGCCGCUCUCCCUUGCCGUCGAAGCUCACCACGGCGGCGCAAAUCACGCGUGCCCACUCUUCUUCCUGGGCUUCUCUGCAGGCAGACAUUGAAGCGCAUCUCAAGCAGGCUAUUCCCAUGAAAGAACCUCUCGUGGUAUUUGAGCCCAUGCACCAUUUGGCCUUCACCGCCCCACGAACCACCGUGCCGGCCCUCUGUGUGGCAGCUUGCGAGCUUGUCGGCGGCCAUCAGGACCGGGCCUUACCCGCGGCUUCAGCUCUGCUACUCAUGCAAGCAGUCGCCUAUACUCACGAACACCUCCCAUUAACAGAUCGGCCUAGGCCCAAGGCCAGGGGCCACCAUGAGUACGAUCCGAACAUAGAGCUUCUUACAGGAGAUGGAAUGAUACCACUCGCGUUUGAACUCUUGGCCAGAUCCGACGUCCCGACCCGAGUCGAUUCAGAUCGGAUCCUACGCGUGAUGGUGGAGAUCUCACGUGCGGUGGGAUCAGAAGGCUUGGUGGAAGGGCAAUACCGUAAAUUCGUGAGAACUCAAUUAGACGGGGAAGCGAAUAUAAAGGCAGAGGUAGAGAAGGGCGAAGGUGGGAUGCACGCGUGUGGAGCUGCGUGUGGGGCAGUGCUGGGGGAUGGGAGCGAGGAGGAAAUAGAGAAACUGAGGAACUAUGGGCUUUAUGUGGGGAUGAUGCAGGGGAUGAUGCGUGGUGCUGAAAAUGCAGAGAAAGGGUUAAAGAAAGAAUUGGAAGAGAUAAGGAAGGUGGCUCUUGGGGAAUUGGAAUUCUUUGAAGGUAGAAACAUUGAGGUAAUUUCUAGAUUCAUUGAUGUUUGAAGAAUAUAAUGAAGUUGUUGCCUAUAUAUGGCGUUGUAAUCUAAUAAUAUGAAACUUCUUUUUGUAUAAGUAGUUAGUGGCUUGCUUGAUUUCA